CUUCACAUCUUCAAUCUCUUUCCUCUCUAAUACUGCCCACAAAACCAUGACCAACCACUUUUCAGCCCUUCACCAAGCUUCAUCUCAACCGGUUUUUCGCCGGAAACUGUACACAUCCAACUCCAUCAAAUGCUGCGAGAACCCAAAUGUGAAUUUUAAGCCUACUGACAAUAAUGGGUUGGCCAGUUUCCCUGAAAAAAGACUUGCUACAACCUCAUCUACCAUCAAGCCUCCUCGGCCGCGCCGGAUAAUUCUGAUUCGCCAUGGACAAAGUGAAGGAAACGUUGAUGAGAGUGUAUACACAAGAGUGGCUGACCCAAAGGUUACACUGACAAAGAAAGGAUUGGAUGAGGCUGAGGAAUGUGGGAAGAUGAUAAGAGAGAUGGUUGAGGAAGAUGGAGCAGAUGACUGGAAGGUUUACUUCUAUGCUUCUCCAUAUAGAAGGACACUUGAAACAUUACGUAAUUUGGCUAAGUCAUUUGAACGCUCAAGGAUUGCUGGCGUGAGAGAAGAACCUCGUUUACGAGAGCAAGACUUUGGAAACUUUCAGAACAGAGAAAAAAUGAGGAUCGAGAAAGCUUAUCGUGCUCGUUAUGGUCGUUUCUUUUACCGGUUUCCCGAGGGGGAAUCUGCAGCUGAUGUCUACGAUAGAAUAACAGGGUUCAGGGAAACUCUCAAAUCAGAUAUAGACAUUGGGAGAUUUCAGCCACCUGGUGAACAGAGCCCCAACAUGAACAUAGUCAUUGUCUCUCAUGGUCUAACAUUGAGGGUGUUCUUGAUGAGGUGGUAUAAAUGGACAGUGGACCAAUUUGAAGGACUCCAUAACAUAGGCAAUGGGAAAAUGAUUGUUAUGGAAAGAGGCUAUGGUGGAAGGUAGCCUGUUAUCUAACCAGUUGCUCAUGCUGCUUCCAUAUCUUAGACUUGACUUUAGGAUUGAAGUAAUCUUUACACCAUUUUUCAUGGUGUUUAAGCCAACUGUUUUACUGAAUUCUGCAUGAUUGGCACAUUUUUAUGGCUUUCAAGAUUCCCUCUUAAUGAUAGAUCACUCGUGUAUAGAUUGAGAUUCUUACAUAUUGUCGUUAUCACUUGAAUUUUUUAUCUUUGAUCUACUAACGAAAAAAUUUCAGAAAAUGUGUACUAAAGAGAACCCAAAUCCCCACAACUGUUUGUUUCUCGAUUAACACAUUCUUAUUACUCUAGCUAUGGUAUAUCCUAUACUUACAGGUACAGCUUAUUAAUGCAUCACACCAAAGAAGAGCUAAAAAAGUUUGGGUUAACAGAUGAAAUGCUGGAAGAUCAAGAAUGGCAAAAAAGGGCAAGGCCAGGUGAACUAAAUUAUGAUUGGGUUGAUGAACUUCACCGACUUUGAGGACGAGAACGCCAAACCGCCAGUCCAGAGACGAUCAUAUUCACCAUCGCGGCAAUGUAGUGAAAACUCUACGGGGGUGUUUGUUUGGGGGAUUGGUAUUACUGGGAUUGGCUAAUGUAUUUCAGGUACUUCCAACACCGUGGGCAGUUAAUCCCAAGCAUAAAAAUUAAGGCAAUUACAUCCCAUGUUUGUUUGAGCAAUAUAUUUUAUAGUGAGACCCGCAAAAAAAAAAAUAUUAUAUCACAUCUCAUAUUGUAAAUAGGCC